AUGGAAAUAGAACAUAUAUUUAAAGUUGAAAGAGAUAAUGAAAAUCAAGUAUUUAAAGAUGUUGGAAAUAAAAUGCUUCUUUGGCAUGGUUCACGUUUGACUAAUUUUGCAGGUAUUAUGAGUCAAGGUUUACGUAUUGCACCACCUGAAGCACCUGUAACUGGUUAUAUGUUUGGAAAAGGUUUAUAUUUUGCUGAUAUGAGUAGUAAAAGUGCUAAUUAUUGCUAUCCAACACCAAGUAAUAAUACUGGUCUUGUUCUCCUUACUGAAGUUGCACUUGGUAAAUGUCAUGAAUUAUUUCAUGCUGAUAAUAAUGGUCAUCGAUUAUCAGAAGGUUUAUCAAGUGUUAAAGGUCUUGGCUCAAUAGCACCGAAUUUAAAAAAUGCAGUUACAUUAGAUGAUGGUGUUGUUGUUCCUAUGGGUCCUGCUGAAUCAACUAAUGUAGUUAAUCCAAAAGGUUAUACACUUAAUUAUAAUGAAUAUAUUGUUUAUGAUACAAAACAAGUUCGAAUACGAUAUUUAAUCAAAUUAAACUUUUUGUUUUAA